AUGAACAAUGUGGAAGGAUUUCGAAGCUCGCGCCAUUACUUUGGCCCAAUACCCGUGCGGGCAAUACAACUGCACGUUUUUGUCGACGCUAGCCAGUCAGCAUUCGCAGCUGUGGCUUACUUAAGGGUCACCUACGACAACAACGACGUGCGAGUAUGCUUCGUAUGUGCCAAGACGAAGUGUGCCCCAAUGAAAACGAUGUCAAUUCCACGACUGGAAUUGCAAGCAGCUGUGUUAGGAACGAGGCUGAUGGACACUGUCAAAAAGAGCCAAGGACUGAGCUUGAGAGAUUCGGCCUCACCGUACGAAUGUGAGGACGCUGAGAACUUGCUGAUACGGCGAGCGCAAUGCGAAGCGUUCCCUGACGAGGUUCGAGCCUCGUACAAUGAAGAAUCAGUCGGUCAUCGAAGCGACAUAAGAGGGCUGGCGCCCUACUUGGAUGACAAUGGAGUCUUGCGUGCGUAUGGCAGGAUCGAUGCCGCACUGUGUAUACCGCAUAGUGCGAGAAGGCCAAUAAUCUUGUCACACCGGCACGCACUGACGGAACUGAUUGUGUAUCACUACCAUGUGAAAAUGAAGCAUCAAAACGUGGAUGCAACGAUGGGCGACAUCAGGACCAGAUUUUGGAUAACAAAGCUGCGUCGAGUGUUGCGUACAGUAAUAUCUGGAUGUAGUGUGUGCAAGCUACAUAGAGCGCAGCCAGCGCCACCUAUAAUGGGUCCUUUGCCAGAGGACAGACUGGAGGCCAAUGGAUGGCCAUUUAAGUUUACGGGUCUGGACUACUUUGGACCACUUCUUGUGACGAUCGGACGUCGAAAGGAAAAGAGAUGGGUUGCCUUGUUUACGUGUCUGACAACAAGGGCCAUACAUUUGGAGUUGGCACAUGACCUGUCAACUGAUUCCUGCAUAAUCGUGAUCAGGAACUUUCUUUGCCGUCGCGGGCCUGUACUGAGGCUGCGCAGUGACAACGGAAAGAACUUUGUUGGGGCCAACAGAGAAGCCAAAAGGCUCAUAGAUGUAUUCGAGCCGGAGAAGAUUCAGGGUGAGCUAUCUUCUAGAGGCAUUGAAUGGAUCUUUAACUGCCCAGCGAACCCAGCUGAAGGGGGAGCCUGGGAAAGGAUGGUGCAGUGUGUCAAGAGAGUGCUACGCCACACAGUAAAGGAGGUGGCACCAAAGCAACACGUAUUGGAGAGUUUCCUGAUUGAGGCCGAGAAUGUUGUGAAUUCGCUCCCGCUUACCCACUUGCCAGUAUCUGUGGACCAGGAAGCCCCCCUAACACCGAACGAUCUACUCAAGGGAGUAGCCAAUCUGCCUGACACACCCACUAUUCAUGAGCAGCCGGACGAGAGAUGCGCCACAAGGAAGCAGUGGCGCAUAGCGCGGCUAUUACGAGACCGUUUUUGGAAGCGGUGGACCUGGAGUACCUGCCUCCACUUGUGCGACGCGUGA